CGAAACGCGCGCAUUUGCGUAUUUGAGAUUUACAAAUAUACGAAAUUGACAGUCAUAUUUUCGGAGAUAAUAUUCUGCGGAUAAUUGUUUGUAUAAUUUUAACUCGUACGCACACGUUUCUUUAUCUAUCGUUAUAAUAAUUUCGUUUUACAAAACGCGCGCGAGCAUAUAUUAUUUGUUACAUGAAAUACACAAAGUACAUAAGAGUGUAACUAAAAGCAACAGGUGCAGCCGCGUUAGAUGACGCGUGAAAUUGGCCGCGCGAUUCUUGAAUUCCUCCCCCUCCUCCCGACAUUCGUCCGUUGCGCUAAUUUCUAAGAUCGAGUGUCGAAGGGUAAUUUUGUACGAAUGCAGUGUUUCGCGUUACUCUCUUUUUCGUAAUAAUACAUACAGUAAAGUUCGCGUCGCGCGUGCAUACGAUUAAUAUCGGGAGUGCCGUGAAAAGUGUCGCGCGAUCGUGUGGUAAAGUGAUGAUUACUAAUCGCGCGAUCGUAAUUAACCUCGCGAGUGCAUGUUACGCGAGUGCCACGAAAAAGCUUGGGAAAGCAAGGAGAAAGAAGAGGAGACGGCAAUGAGUCGACGAUGAAGGAAUGAAGGACUCGAGGCCGAGUUGUACUACGUCCGGGAGGGGGUGGUCAACACGUACGCGAUGAAUUUCGUCGUUCCUGUGCCGGCCAACAUAGCGGACCUAGAAUUUUCAUGGCAGAGCCUCGUAGGACACCCGUUACCUUAUUCCAUGGAGUUGGAUUAUGACGUGGAAUAUGGGGCGGGAGUGCUGGGUGGACCGUCCUCCGGGAUGAUGGCGUUGCUGCCACCGAGAGUGAAUGUCUCUGCGAGGGGCGAGAUUCCAGUCACCCUGCAAGUCUUCAGGAUCAGAUUGCCCUGUUCGGGGGUCGUUAGCGCCGAAAUUCCUCUGGCACUGAGAUUGAAUGUCACCGCGCCACCCGGCACUAGGUACAACGACACCAUCUUGGUCUUCAAGAGAAACAAGAUCUGCUUGAAAGGUGUCGAGACACCUCCCAGCAACGAUUCGGUGCGUUUGGAGCCCGAUCCGCUCGCAAACGGUGCCGGUGCACUUUACGUCGCAGCUACUUGUGCGUGCGCUUUAAUUCUUGUCGUCGGCAGUGUCGCCAGUGCGUUAUACAUUCGCAACAGCAAGGCUCGCGUUCAAGAGUCGCAGAAAACUCUGCCCUGCUGCAGUUACUCGGCGGCUGACACCGGCGGCCUGGCGAGAAGUUCUGUCUUGGUUAGAGUCGACCCGCGGCCCGGAAGCGCGAAUUCCGGAAGUUACGCCACCAUCGCCGACCUCGAGCCGCUGUACGCGAGGCCGUGCGGUUCCAGAGCGAGUUACUAUGCGGCGAGCCACGUGACGCAUCUGAGCCAGUCAACCGACCCGUGUGAGAAGGCCAGAGCACUCGCGAUUUCGAGAACGGCAUUGUAUUGUCGUACUCUUGUGCAGGAAGGUACUUUCGGUCGCGUAUACAAAGGAACUUUAGAAUUAGCUGGACGGGAACAGGAAGUCAUAAUAAAAACUGUCACAGAAGUUGCAUCCGCUUACCAAGCGUCUCUUUUGGUGGUUGAGGGUUCGCAACUGGCUGGAUUAGUUCACUCAAACAUCGCCUCUUUGGCGGCUGCUUGUCUGGACAGUUCGUGCCCUUUGUUGGCUUACACAAGUACACCUGGUGAAUUAAAUCUGAAAGUCUAUCUUACCGAUGGAAAUCAUCAUCCAGUGACUAGAGAUUUGGUGCACGUUGGCGCCCAAGUUGCUAGGGCUGGAGCAUUUCUCCACGGCCGAGGAUUAUUACACAGGGAUAUCGCUGCCAGAAAUUGUCUGAUCGAACCGAGCAGCCUUCGCGUGAGAUUGGCUGACGCUGCCUUGGCUCGAGAUCUCUUCCCUCAGGAUUACCAUUGUCUCGGUGAUAACGAGAACCGACCUAUACGUUGGAUGGCCUUGGAGAGUCUUCAGCGCAAUGAGUAUAGCACGGCAACCGAUGUGUGGUCCUUUGGAGUUUUCCUAUGGGAACUGGCGACACUGGGUCAGCAACCAUACGUAGAGGUGGACCCGUUUGAGAUGAUGGCCUGUCUUCGAGACGGAUACCGACUCGCUCAGCCGAGACCUUGUCCCGAUGAGCUGUUCGCCUGUAUGGAAGCCUGCUGGCUCGGUCUUUCCAGGGAUCGACCGACCAUGCCUCAGUUGCUCGCCUAUUUGCAAGAUUUCCACGAUGCGCUAGGCGGAUUCAUCUAAAUCGUCCGUCCGCGAUCGACAGUGUAUGAUGCAUCGGUACAGAUUUAUGCGCGCACGGUCGAUUACAAAAUUCGUUUGAAUCGCAUCGCGGAUUGCAAAUCGCCGGAUAAGUAUAGCUAAGGCUAUAGUGACCGAAAAACCGUAACGCCGAAAGUACGUCCACUAAGUUUGUAAUCAAAUGGAAGGUCUGAAGAGAAAAUAGAAUCAAAUUCGCAAGGAAUUGAACGUCACUGCCCAUUUGCGACAUACUGCCCUUAACGAUAGACAUGACACAUCAGGUAUGACAUUUAUAUACUAUUAUUAAUUCGGUUUAAUCGGCUAAUCAGGAAUCAAACAUUUCGUCGUUUAAUCGUCGUUUAAUCGACGAGAGAACUCGCGAAGGAAAGUAGAAACAAUCGGCACGGACACAUCCGUCCAUAGCAAUUAGAGCACGCGUUUGCGUAUUUUGUGUCUCGCAUUUGAACGAUUCAUGUGUGAAACACGAAUUUCGAAAGAGUUUUAUCUUCAACAUUAUUAAAUACGAGUGGUUCAAAACAUUUUUCCUUUCUUUCAUGAUGAAGAAAGUUUGGUUACGUAAAACAAAUUUUAUUGCCAGUUUAAUCAAAUAGAUUGAAUACGAAGUCGUUACAUUCAGGUAUUUUUUAUUCAAUUAAAGUUUAU